CACGGCAAUAUCUAUUACUUGGUAACUGAACUGGUGGGCGGUGGUGAUCUUUGCAACUUCAUCAAGGGACAGAGGAACGGAAAACUGGAGGAGCAUUACACGAGGGUAUUCGCCCGACAACUUAUCUCCGCUAUCUCGCACAUGCACAACCAGGGGAUAGUUCACAGGGACUUGAAAAUGGAAAACAUCAUGCUAAAUCAAUCCAACGACAAGAUUAAAAUCGUGGACUUCGGCUUGAGCAACAUCUACAACGGGGAGAAUCCUUUGAGGACGCACUGCGGGUCUCCAGAGUAUGCAGCUCCGGAACUCUUUGUCGAAGGGAAACAUUACGGACCAGAAGUCGACCUCUGGAGCUUAGGCGUAAUUCUGUACGGGAUGGUCGUUGGUCAACUGCCUUUUAUAAGCUCAUCGCGCGACGGAGCCGUAAUAACCCCGCAGCAGCGCAGAAAGAAACUGCUCGAGCAAAUCAACAAGGGAUUAUCUAAUACCCACAAGAAAGCUUUGGCGUUAUUUUCUAGCGAGUUUAAAGCUAUGAUGGCCAAAUUACUAGUGGCCGAUUCGUCUAAGAGGAUUAAUAUCACCGAGCUCAUAUUCCAUCCGUGGGUAACGGAGAAGGGCCGCAAAGCCAUCCGCUCCAAUCCGCUGAAGAAAUUGGACGAAUCUGCGCAGAUGACUAUAUUAAAAGAGGUGUCUGAGCUGACGGGUUUGAACUUCUUGGAUAUUCAGAACGCCGUGAAGUCUGAUCAUCUGGGAAACAUCGCGGGUCUUUACAAUUUGCUGGUGCAUAGGAGGAAACUAACGCAUAUGGAAGGGGAGUCGAUCGUGACCCCGCAUUACACCACUCCAGGAAUACAGAUUAGCUCGAAACCUAUUCUCAACACUCCGCGCAUCUCCAAAACCAGAUCGACAACGCAAAGACACAACACUUUAAAAUCGGCACCGAUACAGAAAGGAUUAAAGCACGAAAUGUCGCCCACACGACGAAUCGAUAUGAUACCCUUGAGAGUAGAAAAAAAGCAGCAAGGCGAUUUGAAACAAGCCGCGCGGCAGUUGUCCUCGAAGGAAGCAGCCAACGUCAAAGAGCGCAGCGCGAACCUUCGGAGAUUGGCGUCUUCUCAAGAAAUUAAGCGCAUCAAAUGCGAUUCUCUUACACCCCAGGAUCCGACUCUAAGAAGCUCCGGAAGGAAGCGCAUUAACGACACCUGCGAGAAGAAAAUCGUUCGGCCGAUUCCGAAACUCCUCACCAAUCUCUCGCCCACACCUAAAGGCGACUCAAAGACUAAAUCCACUGAGUAUGAUCUAUAUAACGACUUGCUGUAUUCCAUGUCAAUACCCACGAGAAAUUCACGAAUCAACAGGAAGUCGACGGAGAAUGAUAGAAUUCCAUCGUCGAAGCAGCAAUUAAGAAGGACGACUCGAACGCAAAGCGCCAACGUUUCGCCGGAGAACGCAAUAAUGAAAUCAAUCCAGGUGGCUGCAAAUCGGAGACCUUUGACUACGGGCCCAACGCAUACCGCGGAAAGGGCAGCGAAGCGAAGGAGUAUGUUGCCAGUGAUGACGAACAGACGCAGCCCAAACAAAGGCGCAGCCACCGCGCCGAGUAAUCUUCUGUCUGCGACCCUCCAGAAGGUAUCCUCGGACAACGGCCUCUGCGAUGACCACAAACAUCAGGUCUCUAGUCCAGUAAAACGAUGUAGACAUCGCAUGGCAUUUUGCAACAAGCCCAUUGCGAGAUCAAUCGCUGAUUACGUUGCGAAAAACAUAUCCAGCAAAUUGGAACCGUCGAAGUGACUGCGCUUCUAUGGAUUUCUUCAUGUAUUUCAAAUUCAC